AUGCCGUUCGACGACCUGGCCAUGUCGAUGCAGUCCCCCGCGGUUCUUCAGGCCGCCAAGGCGCUGCUCGACCGGCUGGAGAGGCGCCUCGUGAUCUCCCACUCGGCGGCUUCGUCGCCGCCGGUGGAGAACGUCGACCAUCUACUGAAACACCUCGCCUCUCCCCCGAGGAGGGCGAAGGCCGCAGCUCCUCCCAGCAGGGAGCGAACGGCACGGGCGGCAGCGGCAGCAAAAAGCCCGGCCGCGAGUUCGGGCGCGAGCGGAUCGCCGAGGUACUCGCCGAGGGUCGUGCUCUGUGCGUACAUGAUCGUGGCUCACCCCGGCGCCGUUCUGAGAGGGCAAGGCGAGGGGGAGCAGCGGCUCAUGGAGUCGGCGGCGAUCUUCGUCAGGGAGCUCGAGCUGCUGGCGAAGAUGGUGCUCGGCGACGGAGGUCAGGGGAGGUUCCGGGCUCAGCUGGCCGGCUUCGACAAGGCGUGGUGCGCGUACCUCUACCGCUUCGUGGCGUGGAAGGUGAAGGACGCGAGGGUCCUGGAGGAAGAUCUUGUCCGGGCCGCGUGCAAGCUCGAGCUCUCCAUGAUGCAGACGUGCAAGGUGGCCGCCGCGGACGGGCAGCCGCCGAGCGAUCUCACGGAUGAGAUGAAGGCGAUCCGGCAGCAGGUCGCCGACGACCAGAAGCUCCUGCGCGAGAUGGUCCGGCAGCUGAGCGGCGCCGCCGGCGUCGAACGGAUUGACUCGGCGAUCUCCGGCGCGAGGUCCAAGUUCUUGGAAGCCAAGAAGAACGCAAGCCCGGUAGCAACGCCCGUCGCAAACGUCUCCACCCCUCUGAGCGUGGAUUCGUCGUCGCCGUCUGGCGGUACCUCGCCGGCGAAGCAACCGACGGAGAACGAGCAGAUGGUCAACGAGAUGCUCCAUCAGGACGGCGGCGACUUUGCUGGCAGGUCUGACGGUGCUGCCACUACCACUGCCGAGAAGGAUUUCCAGAAGAAAGUGAGAGAAGCCAUGGAGAAAGCGUUCUGGGAUCUGGUCGCUGAAUCUUUGCGAGGAGACAGAUCAGAUUACAGCCAGCUCGUCAGCCUGGUAAAGGAAGUAAGGGAUUCGUUGCACGAGCUGGCUCCCAAGGAGUUGAAGGAGGAAAUCGUGGAGCACAUUGACCUCGAAAUCCUGUCUCAGGUGCUUGGUUCAGGUUCCCAGGACGCCUAG